AAGGCGGGCGCCGGGACGUGCUGGAGCCGCCUGUCAUGUUGGUGGAGCUGCUCUUCCAGGCUGCCUGUGUGUCCCUGUUCCUCUCCAGCGGCCAGGGCAGGGUGUAUCCCGCGAGGAAGAAGCCGGCCAGCUUUGCCGUGGAGAGGCGCCGCGUGGGGCCCCACGUCUGCUUCCCAGGCUCCGGCAGCGGAUGUUGUCCCGGCUGGAUGCUGUCCCCGGGCACCGGGAAGUGCACCCUGCCACUCUGCUCCUUCGGCUGCGGUGGCGGUUCCUGCAUUGCUCCCAACCUUUGCAUGUGCCCGGAUGGAGAGCAGGGAAUCACCUGCCCAGAACCACUGGGAACUUGCGGAGAGUACGGCUGCGACCUGUCCUGUAACCACGGCGGCUGCCAGGAGGUCGCCCGCGUGUGUCCCGUUGGCUUCUCCAUGGCCGAGACAGCCAACGGCGUCCGCUGCACCGACAUCAAUGAGUGCCAGAGCGCGGCCUGCGAGGGGACGUGCGUGAACACGGAGGGCGGAUUCGCCUGCGAGUGCGGAGCCGGCCGGGAGCUCUCUGCUGACCGCCGCAGCUGCCGGGACAUGGAUGAAUGCCAGGCCACGCCAUGCCAGCACCGCUGCGAGAACAGCGUGGGCAGCUACCGCUGCUCCUGCCGGCCCGGAUACCACCUCCAUGGGAACCGGCAUUCCUGCGUAGAUGUAGACGAGUGCCGGCGGCCUGGCUCACGCCGCUCCUGCCAGCACAGCUGCCACAACAUUCCCGGCAGCUUCCGCUGCUCUUGCCGCCCCGGAUACCGGCUCGGCGCAGACAGGGUGUCCUGUGAAGGGUACCCCAAAUCUAUCCUGGCCCCGUCGCCCAUCCUGCAAUCCUUGCAGCAUCCACCCACCCUUGUCCUGCUCCCUCCCAGUUCCCACCUGCUCCCAAGGGGCUCCCUCUCUCCCCAUGCCCCUGUGGCAGCUCCCGGUACUCAGUUCCCUCCCUCCUCCCCAUCCCUGUCCCCUGAGCCAUCCCCCUCUCCCCACCUCCCUGUGGCAGCUCCCGGUACCCACUUCCCUCCCUCCUCCCCAUCCCUGUCCCCUGAGCCAUCCCCACGUGCCAUGGGAGCCUCCAGCACCUCCAUCCCACCAUCCCAUCGUUGUUGGCACCGGGGGAUCCCUCGAGAGCCUGGUGCUCGCUGGACAGAGCCAGGAUGCCAGAGCUGCACCUGCCAGGGGGGACAAGUCCUCUGUGACACCGUGAGCUGCUCCGUUCCCUGCUCCCACCCGCUUCCCGCUCCAGCUGGAGGUUGCUGCCCCACCUGCACAGGGUGCCUUCACGAGGGGGUGGCCAGGGAUGAUGGCGAUGUCUUCUCCCCAUCUGAUGGGAAUUGCACCGUCUGUGUCUGCUUGGCCGGGAAUGUCUCCUGCCUCUCUCCAGAAUGCCCCCCAGGAUCCUGCCCCAGCCCCUCUCUGGCUGACUGCUGUUCCUGCAAUCCAGAUAAGUGCAAUUUUCGGGGACACACGUACGCACACGGAGCCCGGUUCAGCCUGGAUGGGGACGACUGCACCACCUGCGUCUGCCAGGGAGGAGAGGUGGAAUGUUCCUUCACUCCCUGCCCCGUGCUGGAUUGUCCCCAGCACCAGCGGCACCUGGGUCCCGGGCAGUGCUGCUCCACCUGCCGGGACCCUCCGGCCCCUGCCGGUUGCUUCCUGGAUGACAACGGCGUGGAGUUUCCCGUUGGACAGAUCUGGUCUCCGGGCGAUCCCUGUGAGUUAUGCAUCUGCCAGGCAGACGGCUCCGUGAGCUGCCAGCGCACGGAUUGUGUGGAGACAUGUCCUUAUCCCAUCCGCAUUCCCGGGCAGUGCUGUCCCGACUGUUCCGCAGGCUGCACCUACAUGGGGAGGAUCUUUUCCAACAACGAGACCUUCCCGUCGGCGCUGGAUCCCUGCCUGAGCUGCAUCUGCCUGCUGGGCUCGGUGGCCUGCUCGCCUCUGGAAUGUGCCAUCGUGUGCUCCUACCCCUUCCACCCCGAGGGUCGGUGCUGCCCCGUCUGUGAGGACUGCAACUACCAGGGCAGGAAGGUGGAGAACGGCCAGAGCUUCAUUCCCGAGGGACAGCCCUGUACCCGCUGCACCUGCCAGCUUGGAGAGGUGAGCUGUGAGGAGAGGCCGUGCCCCCGCUCCUGCUCUGAGCCCCCCACGCUGCCCGUGGGCUGCUGCCCAUCCUGCCCAGCCACAGACAUCCAACUCCUGCUGCACGACAGAGACCUGUCCCCACCCUCAUCCCAAUCCCCGUCCUCAUCCCAGUCCCUGUCCUCAUCCCAGUCCCCAUCCUCACCCCCAUCCUCAUCCCAGUCCCCAUCCUCACCCCCAUCCUCAUCCCAGUCUCCAGUCCCUGAAGAUUCACCCCCUGGCACUUCCCAACACCACCGCUACCGCCUGGCCCGACUCCUGCUUCCCACUACACUCCCCCUUGGCCCCUUUCCGGGGAUUUGGGGUGCUGGGAAGCCCCCUCCAACCACUCCAAGUCCCUUGGCACCCACUGUGCCCCCCGACCCCCUCUGUGAGGCCACAGCCCCCCCUGAUCCCACGGGCAGCCCUGAGGCUCAGGGAUCCCCCGGGAAUGAGAAUCCUGUCGUGCUAUCGGACAGCCCCACGUUCCAGGUGCCAGGUGUACCUGGAACGCCGUGAGGAGGAGGAGAACGAAGUAAAGGAGGCAAAGGGGGUCUGCAGGACCAGCAGGCCUGGCCCUGGGGAGGGGGCAGCUGUCCCCCUGUCACCAAUAAAGUCACUCUGGUAUUUA